ACAUGUCGUCCAUGUACAGCAUGCCUGUAGAGGGAUGCCCCUCGUAGCCGCCGCGAGCCUGCCUGCCCGAAGUCGCAGUACCGCCCUGACCCUAAUGAUCAUCUCUUCUUGCCUGUGCGGCAAGAUGCGGAUACAUUCCUUGGUUGGCCGCGGGCUUUCCCCUGUCCUAGCUGCGUCUCUCGACGUGCCAGCCCAAUGGGGAGGUGAAGUGGUCAGAUUAGGGAUGCGCGAGAUGAGACAUCCCGAUUGAUUCCAAGUGGCUGCUGGCCAUGCCGCACUAGGUCGAUGGCCCUCCAUGGGCCAGAAUUCGGCGACCUCACAAUGCCCUGGCAUCUGGGCCGAUUUGUAGGUCCGAGCAACAGAAUCGGUGUGUAUCUGCGAGGCCAGGAGAGCAACUUUUGACAAAGGUCCU